UUUGCAUUCCUUUUAAUACGUAAUGAGUAGAUAUGCAAUUCAAUGUCUUUCACUUGUUGCAAGCUCAUGUCUUUUGAGGUUUAUCUAUACUAGUUUCAAUUCUAGCAAUGAAAUCUUAUCUUUAUGUGACCUUUUCAGUUGUGGCGCAGAUAAUAUAUGCCAGUCCUACAUUAAUGUUUUGUGUUGGUUCCUUGUGAGUCGAAACAAAUUAACUUCCGUCUCAUAUUGUGAUUUGAUGCAGAUUAACUUUCUUCAAUUACCUGUCCAAUAAGCAUAAGUUUGCUCACCUCUUUAGUGGCUCAAAUUUCAUGGAUUCAACCUUAAUUUGCUACUAUACGAGCAAAGCUUAAUCUGAAACAGUGGAAAUCAGAGAGAAACCGAGGGAAAAAGCAAAAAGGUAAUGGCAAAACCAUCACAACCAAUUCGAAAUGAGAAGGAGGAGAUAAAAGAGACUGAUACUACGGCAUCCACCAACAAUAAUGAGAGCAGCAAAAAGAAGGUGACAAGAAAGUUGCCAAGCGCGAGAGAGCUUGUAUCACACUAUGAAUCACAAGGCGUUGACUCUCAAGAAGCUUCCUAUAAGGUCAUUGAGGAUCUCCAGGGUGCUCUUUUCAGGGUGAUCAGCACCUCUCGAAAUGACAAGAAUCGCAAUAAUAAUAGGAAUGUGUCAUCUGAAACCUCUAGAAAACUCGAUGUUAUCAAUGCUCGACUGCUCAGCCUUGACAUGAAAGUUGAUUCCAAGCCAGGCUACCCUCAAACCCUCGCCAUCGGGAUGGCCUCUGGUGGCCUUCUUCAAGUGCUCCCUCGUGUUGCAGAAUCGGUUGUCCAAAUUUGGAACUCUGUUAGAAAUGCUACCAACUCAAAACAGUAAUAGACCAUAAAUCUUGUUGGUUAGCAAUGCUUUCUUGUAGUCAUGGUUUUUUCUACUUCUGAAGUAGAGUUUUGUUGAACUUAUGAUAUGCCAAAAAAAUAGAAAAUUGUUCUCUUAAGGCCCCAUUGUUCAACCUGGUGUCAUGUAUCUUUAGCAUGUAUAUCACAAAUUUUGGCUGAUAUACAGUUGUUGUCACCCAAGAUCUAUGGUCUUUAUUUCUACUA